UGGCUGCAAAGUGUAGUCCGGAAAAAGUGUAGCUACACCACGAACAGGAAUUCGACAUUAGUGUACGUCAUUUGUGAAUUAUCAUUUACCGGCACCGGUACAUAUAUUAUUUAUCGAACGAGCCAUAAAUAGAAACAUGGUGAUUGCCAUUGGCUUUGAAGGAAGCGCUAACAAAAUUGGCGUAGGAAUCGUACGCGACGGUGAGGUACUGUCCAACGUUCGAGAAACCUAUAUUACUCCACCAGGCGAAGGAUUCCUACCAAAGGAAACUGCUCAACAUCAUCGUACAAAAAUUCAUGAUAUACUUAAACGUGCCCUACUGGAGUCUGGUAUAACUCCAGACGAAAUAGACGUCGUAUGUUACACAAAGGGACCUGGCAUGGCGCCACCACUGCUGGUGGUUGCUAUAGUGGCUAGAACGGUGGCUCAAAUUUGGAAUAAACCUAUCCUUGGGGUGAAUCACUGUAUCGGCCACAUCGAAAUGGGCCGAUUAAUUACAAAAGCACAGAAUCCAACUGUACUGUACGUUAGCGGAGGUAAUACACAAGUUAUUUCGUAUGCCUGCAAACGAUAUCGAAUUUUUGGCGAAACAAUUGAUAUCGCGAUCGGAAACUGUUUGGAUCGGUUCGCCCGUAUUAUCAAACUUUCCAACGAUCCCAGCCCGGGAUAUAAUAUAGAACAGAUUGCGAAAAAAGGCAAAAAAUAUCUAGCCUUACCAUAUUCGGUAAAAGGCAUGGAUGUCAGUUUUUCCGGUAUUUUGUCCUUUAUUGAGCAAAAGGCUAGACCAAACCAAAAGCAGCAGAAAAGAAAACGUACUUCCGAGGCAGAAGAAAAAUUAACAGACGAAGAUCUAUGUUUUUCGCUGCAAGAAACGCUGUUUGCUAUGCUAGUAGAAACUACAGAACGGGCAAUGGCUCACUGUGGCUCCAGCGAAGUACUGAUCGUUGGUGGCGUCGGUUGCAACGAACGGUUACAGGAGAUGAUGGGAAUCAUGUGCGAAGAACGAGGAGCAAAACUUUUCGCGACGGAUGAGAGGUUCUGUAUAGACAACGGGGUAAUGAUAGCUCAUGCAGGCUGGGAAAUGUUUCGUAGCGGUACAAGAAUGAGCUGGGAAGAUUCUACCAUCACCCAACGAUACAGAACAGACGAAGUUGAAGUUACUUGGAGAAAUGAUUGAAUGUAUUCUUUCAAUCAAUAUAGUUUUUAGUUGUUUAUCGUGGUUUUCAAUAUAUGUCAUACGAUACUUAUUACUAUA